GUUGGAUGCACGCUGGCUACCCAGUCAUGCAUCACUUGGAGUCAGUGGCGGAGAUGACAGACGUGCAGUCCCUCCAAGCCAAUGGCCUUUGGGGUGCCAUUCAUGAGCUGGGCCACAAUCAGCAGCGAUCUGAAUGGGAGUUUCCCCCUCACACCACCGAAGCCACCUGCAAUCUCUGGUCUGUAUAUGUAAAUGAGACCGUGUUGGACAUCCCCAGAGAUAAGGCCCACGAUGCGCUUGCACUAGACCAGAGAAAGCAGAGGAUUCAAGAUUACAUGGAAAAUGGAGCACAGCUGAAGGACUGGGAAGUAUUUACUGCCCUGGAGACUUACCUGCAGCUGCAAGAGGCCUUUGGAUGGGAAGCCUUCAUUGAAAUCUUUUCUGAAUACCAAAAGAUGUCCGAGCUCCCAGAUGACAACGAUUCAAAAAUGAAUCUGUGGGCAGAAACCUUUUCUCAUCUGGUGAAGAAGAAUUUGAGUCCUUUCUUUAAGGCCUGGGGGUGGCCAAUCGAGGAGAGCCUUUCCCAGCAACUGGCUGAUUCUUUCCCCAGUUGGUCAGAUGAUCCAAUGAAGCAAUAUAUCUCCUAA